AUGGGGUUUUGUAUACACUUGAACCACAUCUGCAAUCGAGCCAACAAAAUGUUGGGUUUUAUUACAAGGUUCUCCGGAGGCAUCAGUAGUCCUGCUGCGCUUUGUUCCCUGUACUCUUCUUUUGUGAGGCAGCUUGUGGAAUAUGCCAGUCCUGUGUGGUCCCCUUACACAAACGGUGCUAAGAUGAGACUGGAGGAUCUUCAGCGCCGCUUCGUUCGCUUGGUUGGUGUCCGGCUUGGCUUCAACUACAUGGAGGUUCCGGUUCGGGCUUUGUCCUGUGAGCUGAAUCUUCCUUCCCUUGCUCUUCGUCGUGAUGUCGCUGAUGUUGUCCUUCUUCUGAAGAUAACCAACGGACUAAUACAGUGCCCUGACCUUCUAGCUGAGAUCGACUUUAGGGUUCCAACGAACACCAGAUCUCGUGAUCUCCUGAGUCAUAGAUAUCACCUCACGAACUUUGACUUCAACAGUCCCCUAGCAAGACUUGUCCGCCUGGGGAAUCUAGUGGCCGCGGAGUGUGAUCCCUUCUUCGAUGGAAUCCCUCAAAUCCGAAGUCGGGCCUUCAGAAUUCUAAGCAUCAGUGAUACUUAA